AUGAUUAAAAAAAUUUUUUUUCAUUUUCUUACUUUUCUUUUAACUAAAAUAGAUUAUGGGAACAAUGAAAACAAAAUAGUUGACGAUUCCUCACCAAAAAUUAAUGAAGAAUUACAAUCUUAUGCAACCUCAGUUUUUGAAGAAAAUGUGUCUAACAAAAAACUUGUAAAUGAAUUACAAACAGAAAAUCAUCGUUUAAGUUUACAGUCUUCUUCCUGUGAUGAUAAAAUUGCUUUAAUGGAAUCUAAGGUGGAAACAUUAAACAAUGAAAUUGAGGAUCUUCGAUGUCAAUUGUUAAAGUCUUUUAGGAGAGAAGAAAAACUUGACUUUCGACUUGCUGAGUACAUAAAAAAAGAAAAUAGCCUAGUACAAGUUCAAGAAGCUGCUUCUCUUACCAAAAAUUUGACUCAAAUUGAAAAUGGGGCUAUAAAUGAAGAAGUUGCUAGUUUGAGUAAAUCUAAGUUGGAAGAAUUACAACAAGAUUUGGAAAUUCAAACAGAUUUGGCUAACAAUCGUUUAACAGAACUUAAAGAAAUUACAGAAAGAAAUAAAUCGUUGUCUGCUGAAGUUGAAUGUUGUAAAAUGAAGAUGAAAUACAUUUCACCAGAUGAUAUUAAAAAUUCUAAUGAAUAUUUGUUUUUACAAACUUCUUUUUCUUCACUUUUUGAGGAUUGUAAAUUACAAAAAAAGGAAAUUGAAGAUUUAAAACAAGCAAAUGCCCAGAUUAAACAACAUUAUGAGGAACGUAUUAGUUCAAUGCAGAUUGAUGAAACAACAGCAUUAGAACGUUUUCAGCAAACAGUGUGUGAAUUAGAUAACGAUUUAAAUUUGGCAAGAAAAGAAUAUGAAAAUGUUUGUGUAGAUUAUGAAAUAAAUACAAUAUCUAAAGAACAAGCAAUUCCAAUACAAGAACAAGUUAAUUCUUUAAUGAAUACUCUAAGUACACAAAAUACUCAAUUAAAACAAGAGGUUGCUAGAUUAAAAAGAAAAUUACAAGAAGCUUUUGAACAACUUAAUAUGGUGAGUAGUGAGGCGAAAGUAUUUUUUAAUAGAACUUUCCGGAAGAGUAAUAGAAUAUAUAAAAAAUCAGAAUUUUAUAUAAAACCUUCCGGAAACUAUAGAAUUGGUUUAAUUAAUUAG